AUGGACGCCGCAAGCGAGUUGGUUCGAGCUAACAAGAAACUGGACAGGUUAGAGGUGCUGAGAGAUGGUGCAGAGGAAAGGUAUACAGGGGAGAGAGAGAAACUGGAGCAACAGGAGACUCCUAUUGAAAGUAUGUUAAUGUCCCUCAAAAGAAAUAUUGAGGAGGUUAACCAAGAUGUGAAGAGGCUCAAGGUCCAACCUUCUGGUGCCUUGCUUGCAUUUUUUGGCACAUUGACUAAAAGAGAAAAGGGUGAAGCUGUGAUCCAAAAGAUGAAAUUUCCAUUCCAAUUAUAA